AUGCUGGUAUCUGUCCUCUGCUGGAUAGACCUCGCCAAUAGCAGAUUUAUUUUAUACCAAAUAGCUCAAUUUAGUUACGGUACAACUGGAGUAUGCAUUGAUGGACACGAAGUAAUCGCUGAAUAUAUAGACCCAAAAAAUGACACUUCCAGCGCUCCAGAUCUGCCAGCCGAAGAAUGGUACACUGAGCACGUUAGAGAGAGCCAAUAUUUACUCCAGGUUGUGAAAUGCGAUGACCAAAAGUGCUGCAGCCCACGCCGGAGUGAUCUACAUAUGAUUCUUCACGACCGUUUUCUGCCACCUCCAUACCCUAUCACUCAGAUUGAUGGACAUUUAAUAAUUCCGGACUUUAAAGAGCAUGACGGAAAGUCAUUUGCUCCAUUUCUAAUACGAAACUGCCUACCGAUUCAACCGCUGAAUGCCUUCAUCAGCACGCCUUAUGAUCUCUAUUGCCCAAGUGUACAUGAUGUUUUAGAGAAAAGAUGCUGCAGUACAUGCGGUAUUUACUUUGCAUCUGUCACAAGAGCUGCAGAGCACAGGCGAGCCGCCCACAUUGCACCAGCUAAACAAGCACGUAUGCUCUGCAAAAUGCGACCAUCAAGGAUUGUCACAAGACGAGCUAAUGAGUUACUGUGUGCAAGCGCCAACGGCUUGGAGUGGCUAGAUCAGAACGAAGUUGAAGGGGCAGAUGAUUUUACUGAAAAUCAUAUGGACAUGUUGGUUCCAAUAGUCUCUCUUGAGACCGCGCAUAAUUCCCCAUGGACUGAAUUAGAGUAGAUAUUCUUUUUUUUUUAAUCACAGUAGCUAGAUUUAAGUAUUCUAUUGUUAAAUUUUUAUUACAUUUAUUACUCUCAGCAAUAUUGAUUACUAGUCUUAACUAGUCUUAAAUAAAAGCACGAAUCAAAUUGUUUUUUUCUUUUCACAAUAAAAAUCCAACGCGUUUAUGUAAGAAACCCACAUUCCGAAAAAUCUCACGUGAGAUUGGGGGAUGGGGGAGGGGGUUGAAUAAAAUCUCACGACAUCUCACCAAGGGGGGAGGGAGGGUCAGAAAAUUUAAAAAAAUACCUCACGUAAUUUAUGGACGCCC